AUGGCAUGCGGCGGCAUCAAAUCGACACUAAACUAUGCGCCAACGACACUUGUCGAAGGCAUCACCAAUGCAAAAGAGAUAUGGGACACCCUCGCUGAUAAAAUCAGGCCACAGGGGGAAAACACACUGUUAUCCCUUAUUGCAAGACUUGAGCAGUGUGUCUACGGAGGCGAAGACACUCAGAAUAUAAAAACCUAUGCUCAAGUCUUCCGCCAGCUCGAUGAAGAUAUUGUUAGAGUGGGAGCCGAAUUCAAGCUCCCUGAUUACUUCCUGGCACUCAAGUGGAUCCACGGUUUAGGGCCAGAGUUCGACGCUUUCGUGGGAAAUCUUUUUCAAAAUCACUCUAUCUGCAGAAAGGGGCUAUCACGGACAGGCGCCCUCCUUCUAAAGGAGGUUAUCACUAUGGCUGAAGAUUAUGAAAAGCUCAUGGAAAAUCGCAAGACAACUGGCGCAAAUGCCCCAGCGGGUUUCUUCACCCACAAAAGGGGCUACUCUCAAACCAAUAAACAAUCCUGCUCCAUGCACCCAAGAGCAGAGAAUCACUCUGACCUCGACUGCUGGCAGCAACACCCUGAGAAGCAACCAGAGUGGCUGGAAAGAAAGAGAGCCAACCAACAGGGAAAGAGAAGCAGACCUGGAGCAGCAGCUGCAAAUCUAGCUGCAGAAACAGCUUGUCCCCUCGCUCUCAACCAACCUCCUGUCAAUAUCCUCUAUCCAAGACCUUGGUGGAGGAUUCCGAACAGUAAAAGGAGGUUGCAAGCUCACCUACAACGAGAGAGUCCUAGCCACUGGACUAAAGAUCGGUGGGCUUUAUAG